GGGAAGAACACGAGGAUUUUAGGUCACAUCAAGGUUGUAAGUUUAAGGAAUGGUCUUCCAAACGGUUGCUGACGAAUAGGUUUAGUGUUAAAAGCGAGUGAUAUUGCGUUGAAGAUUUCCUUGACUUGUCACAUGUUGGUCGUAUUUUGUUCUUAAUCCAAAUCUAAACAAGUGGGUGUAUGUAGGCAAAUAAUAGUUGUUGAACUAAGAAAUCUAUGUAAGCUGGUAAUUUUCGAUAACUUUUUGAAUUAGUUAGUGGUCGCCUGUGUGUUGUGAUUAGUGCAAUUACAAAGCUUCAUCCAACCUCAGUGGUUGUUGGUUGGCUGACUUGAGAAAGGCCCUUCCCUCCGUUGGUUUGUGGCUCUUGCAGGGCUUGACCUUGAAGGCUGACUCAGGGACUUGACGUGUAUGCGCUAAAUUUGUGGGCAAUCGUCAUCAAGACUUGAAAAUGGAAGCGAAGAAAUUGGCCGAAGGUGAAGAGCAUAUGCGCUUGGGUGAGAAGGCCUUGAAGACCUCGUUGACGAAAUGGAGUCCGGACCUUGAUACAGCGGCUGAUGAAUUCUCCCGAGCUGGCACCUGCUUCAAAGUGGCCAAGGCCUAUGACCGUGCCUUGGAUGCCUUCAGCCGAUCCUGUGACUGCAAUAAGAACUGUAGGCAAUUGUAUCAAGCUGCUAAGGCAUUGGAGACUUCCAUUCUGAUUUGCAAGGACGCCAAUAAAACAGAUCUCAUAUCGAACCUGGCCGAGAGAGGUGGAUUGCUCUAUCGGCAGCAUGGAUCCCCGGAAUCUGCUGCUCAGUUGAUGGAAAAGGCUGCUAAGAUUUUGGAGUCCAGUCGUCCUCAAGAGGCUUUAGCAUUGUAUCAGAAGGCUGCCGAUACAAUUCUGACCGAGGAUCGGCCCAAACAGGCGGCUGAUAUCCUUGGCAAAGUCAGCCAGUUGCAAGCCAAAGAAAAACUUUGGACUGACACCGCCAAUACCCUUGAGCAAACCAUCAAGCUCAUGCAGGAGUCUGGAAGCGUGGGAGUUGCAGGGAAAUACGUUUCAGCUCUCGUGUUGGUUCAUCUUGUCGCUGAAGACGUUGUGGCUGCCUCCAAGUCACUGGCCGUCUGGGGUGGAUAUUGUGACUCUGACCAAUCUCAGGCCCUACACAAGAUCAUCGAUGGAUUUGGAGAAGAAGAUGGGGAGAUGGUCAAACAAGGCCUGAAUAGUCCUGCCAUGAAGAAUCUAGAUGUCGAAUUCACCAAAAUGGUCAAGGAUAUCAAGAUUCCCGAGGGAACAGGUGGAGACCUCGAGGCUGCUGCUGCAGCCUUUGGAGCUCAAAGGGCAGCAGUAAUUGCGGCCGCCGAGGAACCCUCAAAAGGAACGAAUGAGACAAAUUUUGGCGUGGAUCCGUUGGAACCUGAAGAGUUGGGGAAAACGGUGGGACAAAGGGAAGAGGAACUCAAGAAUGAAGAAGAAGAGGAUGAGGACGAAUUGUGUUAAGACGCCAUAUAUUCAUGUCUUUUAAGAACUUUCUGUUUAAGAUUUAUUGAAAUCUCUUGCCACGCCAAUUUGCUUGCUUUGAUUGAGAUGAAGAUGCAUUGUUAUAAUAAAUUAUAUCACAAUGAAUGUG